UUUGUUUUUCAAAAUUGUUGUAUUGUGACACAUCUGAGUGCUUUUUUAAACAAUGCUUUUGAUUUUCUCUAAAUUGUCUGAUUGGCAUGUUGAGGCUGCCCGUAUGUUAGGAGGGCAAUGUCCAAAAAUAAUUCUUAUCACAGAACAAAAAGUGUGAAUGGGGGUUUCUUAGCAGGUACAGUUCCCAGUGGUAUUGUCCUUGCAGCAUACUGCCUGACAGCCAUUACUGAGGGAACAAAAGACACAGUCACCUUUCAGGUAAGACCCGACUCAGCAGUGUAAUGAUUGGCCAGAACAGUAGCCCUUCCUUAUGAACAUCCAAUGAAAUCACUGGUUGCAGAAAAUAUGUAUGUUUAGGUUCCAAAGGUCAGAGUUUUCCUUCAUGUUUAAUUUGUUAGACAGACAUUUCAGUAUAGACAAUAGUUUGAAGCGUUGUGAAUGUUUGUGAAUCUAUUUUUCACUUUCAGAGACAUAAAGUACAGAUCAACAGUUGCUGAGAUGUCAUCUACAGUGAAACCAGAAGUUUCAGAGCUCUCUAUCCCGGUGCCAUGGGGGGAAAUCAGAGGGAGAGCUUGGGGUCCUGAACAUGGUCGUCCUGUGCUUUGCCUGCACGGCUGGGCUGACAACUGUGGCACAUUUAACACCCUCAUCCCCCUUCUACCCAAAGAGUGCAGAUAUGUGGCGGUGGACCUGGCCGGCCACGGUUUGUCCUCUCAUCGUCCCGCUGGAGUUCUCUACACGUUUCCUGCUAACGUGGCUGAUGUACGCAGAAUCGUUGACGGCCUCCAGUGGACAACAUUCACCAUCAUCGGCCACAGUAUGGGUGGCAACAUCGCUGCAUUGUUCAGUGCACUGUAUCCUGAGAUGGUAGAUGCCUUGAUACUGCUGGACGCGUAUGGAUUCUUACCUACAGAUCAAAAAGAAAUACCCAAAGUGAUGCGACAGGGGAUGGAUGAGAUGCUUCAGUAUGAGAAAAAGGCGGAAGAGAAGAAAAGAGUUUACACGUAUGAGAAGGCAGCUGAGAGGUUGAAGGCUGCAAACCCCACUCUGUCUGAACGGUCGGUGCACACCCUCUUAGAGCGAGGUCUCGUUCAGGGUGAAGGAGGGUUUGUGUUCUCAAGAGACCUGCGAAUUAAUUUUAAAAAUAUAGUGCGCAUCAGCUUGGAGCAGAGUCUGGAGAUACAGUCGAGGAUUCAAGCCUUUGUUCUAGUUGUUCUAGGAGACAAAGGCUUUGGUGCAACUACUGGUCCAGAAUUAUACCCAAGGAGAUUUGCCUCUAAACUUCUCCAAGGAUAUCAUGACAGAAAUCACACAGUGGUGACGGUAGCUGGCGACCAUCACGUCCAUCUCAAUGAUCCUGAAGUUGUCGCUCCACUUGUUUCUGACUUCCUGCGGACUAAAGUGUUCUCUCAGCAUCUGCCGGCAUACAGGGGUGUUGUCAUAGCAACCCCCACCCCUCCUCUUGAACGUCAGCGGCAGGAGCUCGGAGGAUGAAGCCGCAUGCAGCUCCUGUCUCUUGUGCCUCUCACAGAGCAUCACCUGUGAUUUUACUCGUGUCACAUGCAACAGUCAGAGCUGCGGCGCCGGAUAUUAUCUUAUGACUGAUUUGACUCGCGGCUGCUGCUCAUCCCAUACCAUCUAAAGACAGAGACCAGCUGAUUCAGCAGCGUCUGCAGUGAUGUCGUGGCUCUUCUUGGACUGGUUCGUGCCCCUGUACCUGCUGGUGUCUGUCCUGGUGCUGGCGGGCUUCGGAGCGUGCCUUUACUUCCUCGAGCCCGGGCUGCAGGACGCCCACAAGUGGAGCAACAAAACAGUCCGGCAUCACCCGCUGGUGGCCAGUGUGAACUGCAUGGAUGAUGAUAGCAAUGCCCUGAUAUGAUCAAGAGGGCCAUCUGGACAGCAGGGUGCUGCCAGGACACCGUGGGAUGGGAGCCAACAUAUUAAAGAUGGAGAGAGAAAGAGGUGGAGGAGAGUUGCUCUGUCUAAUCAUUCCAACUUUUCUCUGAUCUCUAACAUCCUUAAUGUAGAGUUCAGGGGAAAGUGAAGCAGAGAGGAAAUGCACAAGGUGGAGGAGACUUUAUGCAGGAGGAGAUUUUGGAGGUGAAUGGGAGACAUGAUGCCCUUUAGAAAUGUGAUUAAAAACACAAUGUAAAUUUCACGCCAUCUUAUACUUGUGCCAACUUUUACAUACGUUUUGUAAUUCAACAAUCACUUUACAUGAAUCAUGAAGUUUACUUGCUAUAUUGUGCAUUUGAUAAGUGAAGGGAAUGAUAUAAGUGCAAUGAGUUUGAUGGCAGCAGGAAGGGUUUCUCCCUCUCUCUGGUGGCACAGCAGCUGCUGGGAAGCAUGAGGAUUGUUAGAGCCAACAUGCCAAAAUGGUUUUAGAGGUAAUUUUAUUAUUAUAAUAUGAAUUGAAUAAUUGAUGACUGAUUAUAUUCAAGGUGCCAAGAUUAUCCUGGAUGGACCAAGAUUAUAGAAAAGUACUAUUUGGCAGUGCUCAAAGUGUAUUUUUUGUGUCUUCAUUGUUUUUACUUGACAGCAUGGUGAGGAAACGUUGGUUAUGUAACUAACGACCCUCUUUUAAAUGAUCAUAUGCUUCAUUUGUUCAUGCUUAAUAAAAUGGUUAAAUCUUCAAUUA